AUGGAUGGCUCUGUUGUCACAUAUGUCCUUGUCUACGUAGAUGACAUCUCGAUUACAGGGAACCAACCAACUCAUGUUCAAACUCUCCUUCAUCAGAUUAUUUCAGAAUUCUCUAUAAAGGAUCUUGGUCGUCUCAGCUUUUUCCUUGGUAUUGAAGCCCUAUAUCGGUCUGAUGGUGUCCUCCUCUCUAAAGACUCGUACAUAAUUGAUCUCCUACAGAGGGCUGGCAUGACUAACUGUAAGCCAGUCACUACUCCCAUGGCCACCACCUUUGCAGCAUCUUCCAUAGGGGGUGUCCUUUCAGACCCCACCAGGUAUCGCUCCAUUGUCGGUGCUCUCCAAUACAUCACCCUCACCAGGUCUGAUGUAGCUUAUUCAGUGAACCGUGCCUUCCAGUUCAUGCAUGCCCCCUCCGAAGACCAUUAA